ACACACAACACAAGCAGUUAUAAUGUUUUCAGUUAUGCUUCACUUCUCGCUACGGAUUUUCCCUUGGUAAAAAUGAAUAUCAAGAUGCUAUUGCAUUGAUCAUCUUAUCCACUACGAUUUAAUGAAUACUUAGCUUGUGCAGAUAACUACUGCUAGGAAAAUGUGGCUUUGGAAUGCACAAAUGUGGAGAGAAAAUGCAACGUAGCGUAUGUAAAUGUGGCUGGAGUUUGUUUUCUUGUGGCCGGCGACUUCUAAAUACUGAAUAAGUUAUUCAAUUAUCAGUGAUUUCUUUAGAGUGAAAUUCCUAGAUUUUAUUCCUACUUGAAAAGUUCUUAUUGUGCCGAUGCCUUCUGCUAAUGGUAUUAGUAUAAUGGAUAAAGAGUAUAACUCUCCGAGUAACAAGAAAUCCAUAGACGAACUCAAACGACAAGUAAGUAAAUUGAAAGCUGAGCUGGAAUCAGAGCGUAGUAAACUUAAACAAGUGCAUCGAGAUAAGACGGGUGAGUUAAAAAGAAUACAGGAAAACCACGAAAAGGAAAGGCAGAAAACUAUUGAGACUGUCACAAAGCGAUUACAAAAUGAACAUUCGGUGGAACUUCGGCGGAUCAGAGAAAGUUUAACUAAAGAGAAAGACAACGAACUACGACAAGUUUUGAGAUUUAAAGACGAAGAAUUGAAAGCAUUUAAACAACAAAUCCAAGAAGAAAAAGAUAGAGCAAAGCGUGCUGAAGAAGAUUUAAAAAGACAUUUAACAGUAAAGAGUAAUGGAAAUACAAAUGAUUUAGAAAAAAGACUUAGAAAUGAACUAAGUGAUAUAAAGGAGCAAAAACACAAGACAGACGAAUUGUAUCGUCUAAAAUGUGCCGCAGAUUUUGAAAAGGCAGAACUUAUUAGAAGACUUAAAAGUGAACACGAACGUGAAAUAAACGAACUGAUCCGUCAGUCAAAGAGAGAAGUAGCUAAAGAAUAUCACCAUUUACGGUCUGCAGAAAAAGCUUUACAAGAAAAGAAUCACGAGCUGGCUUUCAAGGAUCAACUGACGAGAAAACUAGAAGCAGAAAAGCAAGAAAUUCGCCAUCGAACAAGUUCAGGAGAUAUUAAUAUUUCGGAAAGUCCUCUAAGAUCCCGUACAAACAGCGGGACACACGAAUUGACUGUGUUCGAAAGCUCGCCGGAAGCAGAUGAUGUAUUUCAGCUGUCAAGUAAGGGGAACAAAGACAAAGAAAGAGAACUUAGAAAAAAGAAUGCAGAAUUACAAAGUAAACUGGAUAUACUGGAGAAAAAAUGCACAUUUCUUGAGAAAGAAAAUGCGUCUAAGCAGACUGGAAGUCAGAAAUUGUCUAGUAUCACUGAGGACAAGGUUAAGAAACUCAAAAAAAGAAAUUCAGAGCUUGUGUCUAUUGCAAGACAGUUGGAAGAAAAAGCCAAGAAGUUGCAAGAAGAAAAAAAUGCUGUAAUGAAACAAGCAAACAGCAAGGAUGAUCCCAGUGCAGAAGUUGAACACAUGAAGAGAAUGUUUGCGCGGCAAAGAGCAAAAGACUUAGCUGAACAUGCAAAAAURCACAUGGAGAAGGACAAUGAACUGGAGAAGCUGCAGGAAGAACUUGCUUCCUUGUCUGGUGCUAAAUCAGGGGCACAGAAUGACAAAAUUGGAGAACUUCAAUCAAUCAUAAAGAAGACGGCAAAAGAAAGGUUGUGGCUUGAGAAGAAACUAGCAUCUGUUGGAUCUCCUUGUCCUAGUCCUCUUUCUCCCACCCCAGAAGGGAUGAAUGAUCUGGAGAAGAGACUAGAAACCUAUACAAACCAAGCUAAAACAUCUGAGAAAGAGGCUGAAAUACUGAAAAAAGAAUUAGAAUCUAAAGUAAAAGAAUGUGAAAAGCUGAAGCAGUCUGCAGAUGAAAUGACAAAAAAAUGCUCUAAACUGGAACUUGAACGUGAAAAGUUUGCAGUAAAAUGCACAAUGCUUCAUCAGAAGAAUGUUGAACUUGGAAAGCGAAUCAAAGAAAUCAGUCAGCUUGAGGAGAAGAUAAAAUGUCUAAAAGAGAACCUGCAAAACGCAGAAGAGAAUAAACAAUUAGCUGAACAAGAAUGUCAGAAAUUGAGAGUGAAACUAAAAGAACUGGUGCAUGUUAAAGAGGAGUUGAGGUCGUCUGAGAAACAAAGAAAAGAAUUAGAAGUUAUACAGCAAUCAAGUCAGUACAAAUUGAAAGAGCGUGAAGAAGAGAUCAAGCAAUUACACAAGAUCCAAGAAGAAUCUACCCGUGCCCAUCAUCUUGCUGUCACAUCAUUGGAGCAAGAUUUGCGAAAACUUGAACAGAAAUGUGCGGACUCUGAUUUAAGAGCAGCUAAUGCAAAGAACGAGCUUGAAAGUGUCAAGUCAAGACGUAGUAAUGAACACAAAGCUACACAGACAUCCAGACCUUCAUCACCAGCGCAUAUGGUAGAACAUUCACAGGCUACGCCACAUAAUAGCAAGAAGACAGAUAUCCUGAACACUGCUGCUUCUCGUAUUAAACAACUCGCUAUGUCUGAUAGUGAAGAGGACUCUACAUACAGUGGGGCCGGCGCACCGAGAGAUACACCUAAAGAGGAGUCAAAAGACAGCGGUGGUGGUACAGAAGAAGAUGAUAUUGCUGCUCUGUCUCGCCGCAUCGGUCAAGCUGCUAUAAGUGACGAUAGCUCUGUGAGUGCUGCAGAUAACAACUACGAUAGUGAUGCCAGUGGAGACGUUAAUAGUGUAGCUGAAGGAGAUAUGGCUGAUACGGAAGAUAAUGAUAUAACAGCCAGUUUGCAGUUGGCAGACGAAGAGGACACAAGUACCCACUUUAAAACCGAUGGAAAAGGUGAUGAGAACGACGUAAUGGAUGAGAGGUACCUUCAACAGGAACCAACAAGGGAUGAAGAGGAAGAGACUGAUAACCUGUCUGUUUAUAUAGCUCGUUAUAGUUAUGACCCCUUCCAACACUCUCCUAACGAUAACCCUGAUGCAGAGCUCGCCUUCCAAGCUGGCGAUUACUUGUAUGUGUUUGGUGACGUUGAUGAUGAUGGCUUUUAUCUGGGAGAAUUGAUGGAUGGCCAGAGAGGACUUGUUCCGUCGAACUUUGUGGAGAAAAUUGCAGAUGAAAGUGAUAUGUCGUGGAUAACUAAUGGUGCAGUAGAACCACAGCCAACUGAAGACAUGUCCAGUAGCGAUGAGGAGGAACGUCUAUCUCAAACCGAUGGUGACGACGAUGAAUGUCAAAGUGUAGUGGRAAAGCCUCCCAGAGUCGUUAAAUUUUCUGGUAAGCUUCACCGUAAUCUCAGAUUGAACGUAGAACACAUCCCUGAUUCUAAACUAUGUGACAUAGAAGAAGAAGACGUGACAAUAGAGGCAUCAUGUGAAGCAUUGCGUGACAGUCUUAAUGGCUUAACUAGUGACGAAACAGACUUCGAGCCAAGUGAAAUACCAUCACCACAACGCUUAAUCCUUUCGCGGCAGUUUACGCGGAGCAUCCUUUUGAACUGGAAACCUGCAGACCYCCCUAUAGAUGAAAUAGAGGGCUAUACAGUGUAUGUGAAUGGAGAGUUGAAGGUUAUCAUUAAAGGUGGACACAAUACCAAAGCUCUUAUCGAAGACAUUGAUCCAAAUGAGACAUACCGUGUUUCAGUACGAACCGUAACAACGCGAGGAGACGAGUCCCUGGACCAGGAAGCACUCUUAACUAUUGGAAAAGAUGCAAGUACAGCACCCACUGAUGUCAAGGUUACCGAUAUAUCACCCACCUCUGCAAAGUUAGAAUGGUUACCUAGCAACAGCUCUUUUAUUCAUGAGAUAUUGGUGAAUGGUACUCCCAGACAAACCGUUACGCCUGGAACACGCCAGCUAACUCUAACCAACCUAGAACCCAGUGAACAUUAUCGAAUCCACGUACGGGCUAGGAACCCGUCAGUCGUGGAGAAGGACGAUAAUCCUGAGAAAGAAUCCCUUGGAGAAACUGUAGAAUUCACCACACAAGCAGCAGGUUUUCCCGACCCGCCACUUAAUGUUCAUCUAGUACCCACGUCCUCUCGAAGUGGUCCCAACACACUAGAGGUGUCCUGGAUCCCAGUGACCAUCACCGAACAAGGCAUGUCUAACGGAGCACCCGUCACCGGCUACAAAGUGUACAUCAACGAUUUCGCCGUUGCAGAGGUUACAUCACCUACUGCAGAUUGCGUGACAGUUGCUUCUUGGAUGAUUGAACGAGCAGCAAAGAAAAGCACUACUGAAGCGUUAAAACUUGUGGUAAAAACCCAGUCCUCGCGCGGCGAAUCUGUUUCGUCCAACUAUCUUUCCAUUCCCGUUACGACGUUUAACUUUCAUUUGAAUAAAUUAAUUGGUACUCAACCCAUUGGUAAGUCAGUCAAAACCAAACUACACUCCAGUGAUGUCAUUCAGAUGGAUUCUGGGAACGAACAAGAGUAUCAAGACGACAACCACAACUUGAGCAACGUGAAAGAUUAUAAUGAGGCUAAUGUUAAUGAUGUUAGGUAUGCUGAAGUUAUACCAAAGAAUGCUGAUACACGCAUACCUCCCGUGCCUAAAGCCCGUGACAGUAAUGUUAAUAAUGGUUCGUAUACUGAGGUUAAACCAAGGAAUGCUGAUACACGCACACCGCCUGUGCCUAAAGCCCGUGACAGUAAUGUUAAUGAUGGUUCGUACACUGAGGUUAAACCAAGGAAUGCUGAUACACGCACACCGCCCGUGCCUAAAGCCCGUGACAGUAAUGUUAAUGAUGGUUCGUAUACUGAGGUUAUACCAAGGAAUACUGAUACACGCACACCGCCCGUGCCUAAAGCCCGUACUAAAGGAAAGCCUGUGGUGUGGAAGAUGGAAGUCAGUGAAGAUGACGUAACAUCUGAUAGUGGGGAUAGUAAUAAARGUGAACAUGGUGGAAGCAGCAAUAACGAAGAAGAUGAACACGUUGAAAUAUGCAGCCCUGAACCUGUAGUGGAUGAGAAAACACAACAGCAAGAGCAUCCUAAUAAGGGGGAAACCAAGAAGGAAUACCGAGACCUGACCGAAAAGAACCUGGCAGACCACGCUAUCGAACGAAAAAUGUCUGAACAAAGUGACAUUGAUAUGGAUGAGCUGAAUGAUUCUCUCAAUUCCGCAACCAGUUACAAAAAGAAUGAUAAAAGACACGAGAAAAAGGAGGGUAACACGGAACCAUUCGUAUACCCUCUAGAAUUAAGUGACAGUGAGGUUGGUAUCUCAAGUGAUGAAGAACCUUUGUCAGUUAUUGAUGAAGUGGAAGAAAUAGAGGAAGUAGAAGAUGAUGUUGUUGAGGAAAACAGUAGAAAAGGAGCAGCGACUGAACCUGAGAGAAGCCGUUCAUCGCAUUCAACGUCAGACAGUUUUAAGAGUGAUGAUGACGUCAUGGACUUGCUUGGAGAAGAGCCUGAGGAUAGCCAGGAGAGAAACACUGUUACUACCGCAAAUAUUAGUAAGAUAUCACAAGAAACAGACGAUGCUGCCUUAAACCAGACAUAUGAUGGUGAUCAAGCAAGUCUGCAGAAAUACCUGGUGUCGAAUGCUGAAGGAGGUGAUGUCUCGUAUCAUAAAAACCAGACAUACAGUGAUAUAGAGGCAGAUCAGCCCAAUCAAACGUCUACACCAAGGUUAAGUAGAGCUUAUCCUGAGCCACAUCACCAGCCAGUGGAUCAAGAAACCACGAUGAGAUAUGAGAACGAUAACUCUGACACGGAGGGAAACAAGACCUACACUGUGAGUGAAAAGGGGGAGUUUCCUGAGGACGAACAAGUUGAAGAAGAAGAAGAAGAAGAAGAGCAAAUCAGAAUAUUCAUUGCUCUUUAUGAUUAUGAUCCAACUACGAUGUCACCAAAUCCGGGCGCAGAGGAGGACGAACUGACUUUUAAUGAGGGAGAUCUGAUUAAGAUCUAUGGCGAUAAAGAUGAAGAUGGAUUUUACUGGGGCGAGUUAGAUGGCAUGACUGGUUUUGUUCCUCAUAACAUGGUGUCAGAAGUACAAGUUGACGAGGAAGAUCUACUGGAUCAAACUGGAUCAUCACUUGCCGAGACCUACAGUAAUAAUGUCCCUGAUCAUAAGUACCAAGCAAAUGACUCCCCUCAUCAUGAUUACCAAGCAAAUGAAUCCCAUGAUCAUAAGUACCAAUCAAAUAAAUCCCCUGAUGUCAAGUACCAAUCAAAUGACUCCCCUGAUCAUAAGUACCAAUCAAAUGACUCCCCUCAUCAUGAUUACCAAGCAAAUGAAUCCCAUGAUCAUAAGUACCAACAGCCUGAAGGCCAAAGUAGUCAGUAUCCAAAGGUUGUCAUCCAUCAUGCUGGUGAUACUGAGGAUGACACAGAACAAGACGACAGUUAUCAACCAGAACAAGACACGAAUUACACGCCUGAACAAGACGAGGAGGAAAUAGGAUACGAAGAUCCAAGGACUAGUAUGAACUACAGUCUGAAACCAAAGAAGAUGGUAGCAUUAUUCGAUUAUGACCCACAGAUAUUAUCUCCUAAUCCUGAUAGUGAGGUUGAACUACGUUUUCGUGCUGGUGAUUUCAUUUAUGUGUACGGAGAAAUGGAUGAAGACGGCUUUUUCACGGGUGAACAAGGCGGUGUGCGAGGUCUUGUCCCUUCAAACUUUUUAGAGGACAUCAAAGAAAAACCCUCACCACCCCACAAUGAACAGGAAAACUCGUUCACUUCUCAAGAGAAUUCUGAUAGCAGUUUUGUUAGUCAGGAAUCACCCGCCCCAGGCCCCAGUAAGACACCUAACGGUACUCAUCCUUCAAAGGAAGAGUCACCUAAAAAGAAGAAAGGACUGUUGUCUAAAGGAAAACAAAUGUUAAAGAAAAUGACAAAAAGUCAGGCUUCCAAAAGAUAAUAUUCCAUUCCAUUUAUAACUGCGGUUUUCGAUAUUCUGCGAACUCGGACAUUCCAACAGCUAGUUGUGAAAUUGGUUUUUUACUGCCGCCAGUCAUGAAGAUAAUAGGUACUUACUGAUUAUUUUUGAUUGACAGCAGCUUGUAACUUACGUGUUCGCAGAAUAUCUAAAAUCGCAGUAGAUAUUUAUUAUUGUAAAUACAAGAGAGUGGUGUUUUCUAUUCAUACAGUCAACAGUGUGGCACAGCAAUAGUAUGUUACUCCACUAUGCUGGCUGUCUUAACCCGGUUUUCAGUAUCCAGGUUUUACAGAUAGUCUUCUCAUUGAUUAUUAAUAUAUUAUUAGAGUGAUAUAAAAUUGUAUGAUUAAUAUUAAUACUAGUUUUCAAUAAUAUAAUAUUUUUAAGACAUAGAAAGUGAAUACUUCAAACAUGAUCCAAUCACGAUCAACUUUCUUAAACCAAAGUUUUACUAUGAGCCCUUGACUUAAAGAAGAGCCGACUCUUUGUGCAAACCAAAGCAAAAUAUUUUUUAAUCAUAGAAUUAUUAAAUGAUCGUAUUUCAAGUGACGUCAGUUUAGCAAGAAUGAUGUCAUCUUGGAAAAGGAUGACGUCAUUAAGAAUCAAAGUUUUUACAGAUAAAAGCGCGAAAUGUUUUAUGCAACAGAUAUAACAUAUUAUCUUUACUCUUAUUACUAGGAUUGAUGUAUGUAAAACAUAUUAUAAUGUAUAUAUAAGGACUGUCCGUGUUAUACAACCAAAUUGUGUACACUAUUUAUUAUACGCAUGCAGUCUUCCACCUUCUCAUCCGAACCUUCCCAACUCAUUGCUUAAUUUAUCACUGUGAAAAGACUAGAAAAUAAAAGCGUUCAACUAAA